AUGGAAGAGCGCAGCUGCCGCGUGUGCCAUGGGGCCGAAGAGGAGCUGCUGGAGCCCUGCGUUUGCGCGGGCUCGGUGCGGUGGAUUCAUCGGCGCUGCCUGAACCAGUGGCAGCAGCAAUGCCUUUCCAGCGGCACGCUGGGCACCUUCCGCUGCGAGCUGUGCGGCUUUGUCUACGUCCACGAGAUGGGAAUACAAAGCCGCUAUUGCGCAGUUCUGACGGAGGUGAGCGAGGUCCUGCUGUGCUGCACGCCCCUGGUGAUUAUCAUUUUGCUGAUCGGCGUGACCACAGACCUGGCGGUGGGCCUCACAGCUGCUGGGGCCAUCCUGGGCCUGGGGGCUGCAUGCGAUUUGGCCGCAUCCCUGGUGGGCCGCGGCGCCUUCAGCGCCUGCUGGCAGCUCAGCUCCGGUGCCUUGCGGACGCGGAGGUUUGCGCCCUUGCGGGCGGAGAGGUCGAGCGAAGAUGCCUGGUGCCUGCCACGGCGGUACCUCCUCUUCUCGCUUCCCUUGAUGCUGCCCAAUGUGAUCACCUUCUUUCUCUUCACGCUCCGCGGGGUGCUGGGGGUGGAUGGCCUGACCCAGUGCGGAGUGCUGCUGUCCUGCUUCGGCUGCAUCUACGCCCUGGGCGUCAUCCUGCUGAAGCUGUGCCUUGCGAUGCUGCGGAACGAGGCCAUGGCUGGCUGGCGGAUUUCAAUCAAAUCGCACUAA